AUGCUGCGAGUGACCAGACUCUCUGCGAGGUGUUGGAUUCGAGGGCGAGAGAGGCAGCUUCCAGGGUUCACGCUCUAUGCUCGACACCGUCACCCCCUCCUCCUACCGUGGCGCGCGUGCGCAGAUAAGCCCAAGCCAGAAGAGCCGAAAGAGCCGAAAGAGCCGAAUACGAAGAGUGAGAGCUUGCAUCCUCACUUGACAAACUUGUACCAGGGCUCUUUGCUGCAGAUGGAUCGACUGGGACAGAUCUACCGCAACGUGCAGCUCUCCUACCGGGUUUUGGCCGUUGGCGGGGGCGCCGUGGUCCUGGGCAUUGGCUACGUGGUUUUCAAUUGGACCAUGCUGCGGUCGCAUGCUGCCCAAGAAUCCGCGGAGGUGGUCUCCCAGACCAUGCGGGAUGAGCAAGUCCAGUUCACCGCCCGCGAGUUUUCGAAGGAGCUCUUGAACCAGCUGCUGCACGAUGAUGAGAUCGCGUCCACCGUGGCGUCUUGGACUUUGCGGCUGCUGGCAUCCAUCCAGGAGGAGAUCGGGGCGCUUUUUGUGCACAUCCUUCAGCAAGAGCAGGUGGUGGAUGAAGUGAACAGACUGGCUGACAAGCUGGUGGCGUACCUUUGCUCGAGCCAGAUCAUCCAGGUGCCUCUCUGUCGUGUGAUUAGCUUCAGCUUGGCUCAAGCCUUCGCCAUGCUCGGUGUCAACCCUUCGCCGUUGCUGGGCGCGGAAGACGCGGAGGAAGCGCACGCGCCUUAUGUGAAGAUCAUCGAGGGGCUGGCAGCCGCCACACUCUUCGUUUGCAGCGGCAAGCUGGUGUCUCUCGCAGCUCCUGAGCUAGGCCUAGGGCCAGGCGUUGGCCCUCUCCUCCUGGCGACUGACACUUCAAAGGAGCUCGUGGAGAGGCAUUGCGGGUAUCAUCGCGUCUUAGCGCCAUAUGCACCGGUCUUCACGUAUGUGGGCAUCUUUCUCUUCGUGCUCGUCUUUAUUCUGUCUGCGGUCAAGAAGUUGAAGGAUUUGGGCAAGGUGGUGGGGAUGAUGGAGGGCUUCGGCCUACCCUUCCCCAAGUUCAUGACCUUUGGCUGUAUGUUUUGCAUCAUUGCGGGCAGCGUUUGCUAUUUGACAGGUGUUCCGGUCCUCAUGGAGUGGGGGGCGGAGUUCCUUUUCAUUUUUAUGGUCAUCGCCACCUACUACGGCCACUACAAGCCCUUUAAGGAAAAGAGGGACGAGUUCAACCUGCAGAUGGUCUUGAAGAACCUGGCCAUCAUCGGUGUGACGCUGAUGACCAUCGGCUUCGAGGUCCCGGAGAUCGGCAAGGACGGGACGCCGCUGGGCCUCAACGGGGCCCUGGGGCCCCUGGGGGAGUUCUUCGGGGAGAUCUACCGCUGCUUCAGGCCGUACUCCUUCAUCUUCAAGUACAGCGGCAUCGUGCUUUUUGUUGCGGUCUUCCUGCUGGCUGGCCUGAACCACUUGAAGAACUUUCAAGAGCUGGUGGACAUCAACCGGAAGCUCGGGGUGCCCCUGCCGGCGGUGUCCGCGGCCAUCGCGGUGAUCCUGCUGAUCCUGGGCUCCUGCCUGUUCCUCACGGGCAAGGCGGUGUUCAUGGAGCUGGGCGCGGAGGCGCUGUUGGUGUUUCUGGUGGUGGCCACCUUCUUCGCCCACCUGCCCCUGAUGCGGACAGGCGACUUCCAGCAAUGGCUGCACACGCUGAAGAAUGUCUCCCUGGCCGGGGCCUGCUUGAUGACCAUUGGCGCUGUGCUCCCACAGAUCUGCCCGUAACACAGAUGGCUUCCGGCGUGUUCCAUCUUGGAACACUCAGUGACUCCGGGCUGCGAUUCGCGGACCAGACCCCUCAGCAAUGAUUUCCAGCCCCAUUCAGGGCUUCGGUUCCCUUUCUUUGCAUCUAGGGGCGCCUCUGCUUUACAGCACCUCUCUUGAGCGCCGGAACCAAGACACGACGCUGACGAUGUAAUUAGCUGUACAGACGAAGGUCAGCGUGGCUUACCUGGGCACCGGUGAGAUUGCUACGUGCAAGAGAAGAGACAGGGCUGGCGUCGGAAGCCUUGCCUC